AUGUCUGAUAUCGCCGCAAUUACCGAGAAGCUUGCGCCCCAGCAGGAGGUUGCCUAUCCAAAGACUCCGUUCUAUGAAGGACCAGAGGCACCUUGCCGAUUUGAAGGCGAAGUGUACAACUGCAUUGUCCGCGGAACAAUUCCAACUGAAGUCCAGGGUACUUACUACCGUUGCAUGCCGGAUGCUCUUUGGGCACCCAAAUACGCAGAUGACGUCUUCAUCAAUGGUGACGGCGCUAUCGAUGCAAUCCGGAUCAAGGAUGGACAUGCCGACUUCAAGCAGAAGUAUGUGCGGACCUCCAAGUUCGUGAUUGAGCGAGCUGCCCGUCAGGCAGUCUUUGGAAAGUACCGCAACCGCUACACCGAUGACCCUCGCGUCAAGCACGAGAUCCACUCGACCGCCAAUACCCAUAUCAUCUACUUUGAGAAGCAACUCCUGGCUUUGAAGGAGGAUUCUCCUCCCUAUGCGAUGGACCCCCACACUUUGGAGACUAAAGGGCCGUAUACCUUCAACGGACAAUACACUGCACCUACCUUCACUGCCCACCCGAAGAUCGACCCUGUCAACGGGGAGAUGUUGACUAUGGGAUACGAGGCUAAAGGAGAUGGCACAACCGAUGUCGCGUACUUCUUGUUUAGCAAGGAGGGCAAGAAGCUGGAAGAAUGCUGGUUCAAUGCCCCCUAUGUUGGAAUGAUGCACGAUAUGGCAGCAACCGACAAUUGGGUGAUUUUUACUGUCCCUCCGCUUGAAGCCCAACCCCUCGAUGAAAUGAAGAAAGGAUCCAAGCACUUCGCUUGGGCUGAGGAGAAGCCAUUGACCUUUGGAAUUUUGCCCCGCCGCAACCCCAAGCCGGAAGACAUCAGAUGGUUCACUUACAAGAACGCAUUCUACGGCCACACGGGAAAUGCAUUUGAUGGCGAAGAUGGUUGUGUUUAUUUGGACGCCCCACUUACUAACUUCAACAAGUUCUGGUUCUUCCCUCCACGCGGCCAAGAUCCAAUGGAGGCACCUAGUGGCAAGCCCCCUGCCAGUGGAAAUGUUAGCCAGUAUGUGCGAUGGAAAUUCGACCCAAAGGCCACCGACUUCCAUGUGGAGCCUGUUGUAUUGGUUGAUGUCGACGGCGAGAUGCCGAAGGUUGAUGACCGUUACGUCGGCAAGCCUUACAACACCCUCUUCUACGCCAUGCAUGAUCCUACCAAGGAGAAUGGUCCCGUCGGUGGUGUGUACAAUGCGAUUGCGAAGUGCGACGUGAACACUGGGAAACUAAUCCAUUGGUCUGCUGGUGACCAUACCGCUAUUCACGAGGUGGCAUUUAUCCCCCGCGACCCGAAAUCACCUGAGGCGGAUGGAUACCUCAUCACUCUCGCCAACAGGCGGGAUACAGGUCUUUCUUGUAUCUUGAUUUUGGACGCAAACAAACUCACUGAUGGCCCCGUUGCAAUUAUCGAGCUCCCAUUCCGUCUGAGAAAUGGAAUUCAUGGAAGCUGGGUCUCAGCGACGGAGCUGGAUAACGCCAUUGACCUCUGUGACAUGUCUGGCGUUACCGAGAAGAUUCGCCAGGAAUUCGGUACCAAGGAAGUCACAUUCCCGGUACUCUGA